AUGCCGUAUAACAUUGCUAUGGUGAGUGACUUUUUCUUCCCCCAGUCAGGGGGAAUUGAAAGUCAUAUCUACCAGCUAUCCUCUAAACUCAUUGAUCGUGGGCACAAAGUGAUUAUAAUUACCCACGCAUACCAAGGUCGGACAGGUGUCCGGUACCUCACCAACGGAUUGAAGAUCUACCACGUCCCAUUCUUCGUCAUCUACCGCGAGACUACCUUUCCAACUGUCUUCUCCUUCUUUCCGAUAUUUCGCAACAUUGUCAUCCGAGAGCAGAUCAAAAUUGUCCACGGCCAUGCAAGUCUUAGUAGCUUCUGUGCGGAAGCCAUUCUUCAUGCCCGAACAAUGGGGUUGCGAACUGUUUUCACCGACCACUCUCUGUUCGGGUUCGCUGAUGCAGCCUCAAUUCUCACCAAUAAACUCUUAAAAUUCACAUUGAGCGAUGUGGACCAUGCAAUCUGUGUCAGCCAUACUUGCAAGGAGAAUACUGUUCUUCGAGCCUCGCUAGAUCCACUCAUGGUAUCGGUCAUCCCCAAUGCUGUCGUUGCAGAGAACUUCCGCCCGCUUUCAUACACUGAUCGUGCCUCGGAUCAAACACCUAUCUCACCUACGGAUCGACGGCCUUCUCCUGGACCAAUUGGGCCUGACGACCCUAUAACCAUCGUGGUCAUCUCCCGGCUUUUCUACAACAAGGGCACGGACCUUCUUAUUGCGGCUAUACCACGGAUCCUCGCUCUCAACCCCAAUACUCGGUUCAUCAUCGCAGGCUCAGGACCUAAGGCAAUUGACCUGGAGCAGAUGCUGGAACGCAAUGUGCUUCAAGAUAAGGUCGAGAUGCUUGGCUCCGUUCGGCAUGAGGAAGUUCGCGAUGUGAUGGUGCGCGGCGAUAUCUAUCUCCAUCCCAGUCUGACAGAGGCAUUUGGUACCGUAAUUGUCGAGGCGGCUAGCUGCGGGCUGUACGUGGUUUGUACACGAGUCGGGGGUAUCCCUGAAGUACUACCCCAGCAUAUGACGACAUUUGCGAAACCAGAGGAGGAUGACUUGGUUGUCGCCACAAGCAAGGCUAUUGCCGCCCUGCGCUCGAACAAAGUGCGCACCGACCGAUUCCAUGAUCAGGUUAAGAUGAUGUAUUCUUGGCGGGACGUGGCUGAACGCACUGAACGAGUCUACCAAGGCAUCACGGGCGAUAUCAGCCCCGAAGAAUUCUAUGGCUUCUACCCUGGCCAAGGUUGGGAAGCUAGCGGAGAUCGAGUGCGCAGCUUUGCUCUCAUUGAUCGCCUGAAACGGUACUAUGGCUGUGGUGUGUGGGCGGGCAAGCUCUUUUGCUUAUGUGUGGUAAUUGACUUCUUGAUCUAUGUCUUCCUGGAGAUGUGGUUCCCCCGUGCAAACAUUGACAUUGCUCGAAGCUGGCCGAAGAAGCAGCCAGCAGAUAAGAAAGCUGCUCGAGGCACUCGAUGA